GACUCCGUUAUCCCGUUUAGGGCUGAUUCUUGCAACCCUUCGGCUGCAUUAAUACAUCACGUUGGGCAUAAAUUCCAUGAUUUAUUUCAGUUGAAACAAAGAUGCUAUGCCAAUCUCCCUGCCACUAAGAUUUCAGAAAUGUUGAAAUCUACCAGUUUAGAGAAUGCUCCAACUCAGUCACUAUUGAGUGUUGUGAAGGGGAUUUUAGAUGAAAGCAUUGAAAGGAAGAAUGGGGAAAUAGCUCAUCGUGUGGCAUGUCUUUUGAAAAAAGUAGUGCAGGAGAUUGAACGGCGGAUUGCUACACAGGCAGAACACUUGGGAACUCAAAAUAGUCUCUACAAGGCUCGCGAAGAGAAGUACCAAUCUAGGAUCAGAGUACUUGAAACCCUUGCAACUGGUGCUCAUGAGGAGACGAAGAUUGUUAUGAACCAACUGCAGCAGAUGAAGAAAGAGAAGAUUGAAAUGGAAGAGAGAAAGAAACUCCAGGAGCAGGAUGCACUUAGACUGAUGAAAGAGAAGGACCUCACUGAUCAUGAAAUUUCUUCACUGAAGGAGGAAUUGCAAAUAGCCAAAAGGACUUAUGAAGAACGCUGCUUGCAAUUGGAAGAAGAGGCCAAGGGAACUAAAGUUGGCCUGGAGGAGAGAUUAAAAGAACUUGAAUGCCUUUUAGAUGCUUCACAGAAGGAAGUUAAAGAACUUGAGGCAUUUACUGACUCUAAAUCUGAGAAUUGGAAGAAAAAAGAACGCAACUACCAGAAUUUUAUUGAGUCUCAGUGUGAAGCUGUGCUGGAACUGAGGAUGGCUUCUGAAUCCAUCAAGCAAGAGGUUAUAAACUCAAAAAGGAACUAUUUAGCAGAAGUUAGUCGCUUGGGUAGAAAGCUUAAAGGCUUAGUUGAUGCAGCUGAAAAUUAUCAUAUGGUUCUUGCUGAAAACCGGAGGCUGUAUAAUGAAGUUCAGGACUUAAAAGGUAAUAUUAGGGUGUAUUGUCGGAUAAGGCCAUUCCUUCCUGGACAGAACAGAAAACAGACAACCAUAGAAUAUAUUGGUGAGAAUGGUGAGUUAGUUGUUGUAAAUCCCUCCAAGCAAGGAAAAGACAGCCAUCGAUUAUUUAAGUUCAACAAGGUCUUUGGCCCAACUGCUACGCAAGAGGAAGUAUUCUUAGACACCCAACCCUUAAUACGCUCUGUUCUUGAUGGUUACAACAUAUGCAUUUUUGCCUAUGGUCAAACUGGCUCGGGAAAGACCUAUACAAUGAGUGGUCCAGAUGCAUCAUGUAAGGAGGAUUGGGGUGUCAACUAUAGAGCUUUAAAUGACCUUUUUCAGAUCUCUCAGAAAAGGAGAGGCUCCUUUUCAUAUGAAGUUGGUGUUCAAAUGGUUGAGAUAUAUAAUGAACAAGUGCGUGAUUUACUUUCAAGCGAUGGUUCCCAAAAGAGGCUUGGAAUUUGGACUACUGCACAACCCAAUGGACUAUCUGUCCCUGAUGCUAGCAUGCAUCCUGUCAAAUCAACCACAGAUGUGCUGGAUUUGAUGCAAAUUGGACUUAUGAACAGGGCUGUAGGUGCCACUGCUCUAAAUGAAAGAAGCAGCCGGUCCCACAGUGUUCUCACUGUUCAUGUUCAUGGGACGGACGUGGCUACUGGUGCCACUUUGCGUGGUAAUCUACAUUUGGUAGAUCUUGCUGGAAGUGAAAGAGUUGAUCGGUCUGAAGCUACUGGAGAAAGACUUAGGGAGGCACAACACAUAAACAAAUCUCUAUCUGCUCUUGGAGAUGUCAUCUUUGCUUUAGCACAAAAGAGCUCUCAUGUACCCUAUAGAAAUAGCAAAUUAACUCAAGUCCUUCAAAGUUCUCUGGGUGGUCAGGCCAAGACCCUCAUGUUUGUGCAGCUUAAUCCAGACUUGGAUUCUUACUCUGAGACUAUAAGUACCUUGAAGUUAGCUGAAAGGGUCUCUGGAGUUGAGUUAGGUGCUGCACGGAGCCACAAAGAGGGAAGAGAUGUUAGAGAAUUACUGGAACAGGUGGCAUCACUUAAGGACACAAUUGCAAAGAAAGAUGAGGAAAUUGAGCGGUUACAGUUGCUAAAAGAUCAAAGAACUGUGUCUUCUGGUGCCAAUGGCGAGAAGCAGCGCACAAGAGUUCUGGGGCAUGGAUCUCCCUCUCCAAGCAGACACUCUCUCAAUGGGGCUCCUUUGCGAAACCGGAGACUGUCAAGAGGGAAAGGCUCAGGGCAUGGUAAAGUAGCCUCUGAUCAGGAUAACUGCUCAGAGUGCAGCGAUAAGCAUUCUGAAGCUGGUUCUCUGCAAUCUAUGGAUGACUUCAGGCACCAUAAAGAAUUUUUCACUCAGUUAAAGCAUGCUACAGGGGAUGCAGGAGAAAAUUUUCCUGCAGAUAUUGAACUCUUAGGUUUUGGGGAUGCAGAUUCUGAGGAGAGGUUAAGUGACAUAUCAGAUGGUGUUCUUUCCUUGGGUACUGAAACUGAUGGCUCAAUAUGCAGUGUUGUUGAGUUCACCCUUUUCCCUGAAAGUUCAAAGACAAUAGAGAAUGCAGACAAGGAUAGAGCACCACCUAAAAUCCCUCGACCGCCACCAAAGCAGGGACAAGCAGCAUUAGUUCAGCCAUCAUCAUCUUCAUCAUCCAAGCACUUGUCCAAGUUGUCAACAGGUUCAAAGAAAACCACAGCCAGCUCGUCUUCAGCCAAAUCCUCCAAACGACGGCUGUAAGAUUACAAGGCAUUUAGAUGGAAAGUAAUUCUUUUAUAGUUAGUUUUCUUUUUCUUUUAUCGGGUGAUUUUUUAUGCCAUCUAACUGGUAUUUUCAAUUGUAGAGCGGUUUCUUACCUCUCUUACUAUUUAUUGUUUGCCACGUUUGUUACAUAUUGGCAUCAUGUAUGGCUUAAAUCUAAAUAUCAACGCCCAAUGUGCAAUAUAUGUUUUAAAUUCUCCUCUGAAA